AUGGGAAUAACGUUGGGAAUGGUGCUCGCGGUAGGGCGUUCACUAUUGGGGCAGGCGAUGCAAAGAACGAUGGUGUUUGACAUUGACCUUCUUCCCAUCACUCUUGGUAGUUUUGAUAUAGUCAUUGGUAUGGACUGGUUGUCCAAACUCGGAGCAGAAAUACUUUGCAAGGAGAAGAUCAUGCGUGUGCCUCUCCCUAGCGGAGAAUUAUUAUCGGUCCAAGGUCAUCGAAGCGGUGCAACCGUUAACAUCAUUUCAUCCAUGAAAGCCCAGAAAUGUCUACGUAAGGGCUACCCUGCUAUUCUUGCGCUUGUUACCGAUACUCGGCCUGAAGAGAAGAAUAUCGAUGACUUACCAGUCGUACGGGAGUUUCCUGACGUUUUUCCCGAGGAACUUCAAGGUCUACCUCCACAUCGUCAGGUGGAGUUCCACAUUGAUCUUACACCAGGAGCAGCUCCAAUUGCUCGUGCACCUGGAGAGUUGCAAGAAUUGUCGAAUCAACUUCAAGAACUGUUGGAUAGAGGCUUCAUUUGA